CAGCAGAACCAUGGCGAGAUGGUUUCGGUCAGAGGACAUGGCCUAUGUCUCCAUCAUCGUCAACGAGGACGCGGCGCACACGUGCAUCUCGGACCUGGGGAAGCUCGGCAUGAUCCAGUUCACGGACCUCAACCCGGAGCUGACGGCCUUCCAGCGGAGAUACGUGGCGUACAUCAAGCGCAUCGACGAGCUGGAGCGCAAGCUGGCCUUCUUCGGAGAAGAGGUGCGUUUCUCUACCGUUCUCGCUACCCACGGAUUGUUAACAGAUGACGGCACACAACAAGCAGAACUUGUUACACAGACCUUUGGCGGGUGUGCGGAGGUGAAGAAGUUCGACCUCAAGGUGGCCAGCGCGGGCACCGUCGAGUCGUUCGUGCAGUCGUCGGCGGCGCAGGGCAUGGGUAGCGGGGCCGAGGCGAAGAGCGUGCUGGGCGGGCAGGCCCUCCUGCAGAAGCUGGAGACGGACCUGGAGGCGCUCGAGUCGCACCUGGUGGAGCUCAACACGUACAACGAGCGCCUCACGAGCGAGUACAAUGAGAAGGCGAGCGAAGAAGGGGUUGCGUGUGUGGUUGGUUCUGUGGUGACUGAGGGUGGUCUGCUCCGUUCGCUGAUGAUGUUGUCAUUGUGA